CAGAUCCGGAUGCGGGGGCUGGACUUCCGGCUGCGGCCCCGGCGCUCCUUCAGCUGCCGCUCCCGGCCCCGCCGCUCCCGGACCUGCCGGACGCGCCGCGCCCGCCGCUCCCGCCGCGAUGUCCGCGCCCCGGCCCCCGCAGCCGGCCCUGCCUGCCGCGCUGCUGCUGUUCCUGAUGCUCGCCCUCGGCGCUCGCGCUUCCGACGUGGUGGAGCUCAGCGAUGCCGAUUUCGAGAGUGGCCUGGCCGAGCGCCCGGGGCUGGUGCUCGUGGAGUUCUUCGCGCCCUGGUGCGGACACUGCAAGCGGCUGGCGCCGGAGUACGAGUCGGCCGCGACCCGGCUGAAGGGGAUCGUGCCUCUCGUGAAGGUUGACUGUACAGCAAACUCCAACACCUGUAACAAGUAUGGAGUCAGUGGAUAUCCCACAUUAAAGAUUUUUCGAGAUGGAGAAGAGGCAGGGACCUAUGAUGGGCCCAGAACAGCAGAUGGGAUUGUCAGCCAUCUCAAGAAACAGGCGGGACCUGCUUCGGUGGCUCUCAGUUCUGUGGCUGAGUUUGAGAAGUUCAUUGGCGAUAAAGAUGCUUCUGUCGUGGGCUUUUUUGGUGAUGCAUCUGGGGAUGCUUACUCGGAGUUCAUGAAAGCAGCCAACAGCCUCAGGGAUAACUACCGCUUUGCGCACACCACCGAGGAGCAGCUGGUGCAGAAGUACAAGGAAGAUGGAGAAGGUAUAGUCCUAUUCCGUCCUCCACGCCUGACCAACAAGUUUGAGGAGAGCUCUGUCAAGUAUCCAGAAGACAAAAUCACCAGUGCAAAGAUCAAGAAAUUCAUUCAGGAGAACAUCUUUGGCAUCUGCCCUCACAUGACUGAAGACAACAAAGACUUGAUCCAGGGCAAGGACUUGCUGGUGGCAUACUACGACGUUGACUAUGAGAAGAAUGCCAAGGGAUCCAACUACUGGCGCAACAGAGUUAUGAUGAUUGCAAAGAAGUUCUUGGAUGCUGGCCACAAACUGUCUUAUGCUGUUGCUAGUCGAAAAACCUUUGGCCACGAGCUUUCUGAGUUUGGUCUGGACAGCAGUGUGGGUGAGGCCCCCGUCGUUGCCAUCAGAACUGCCAAAGGAGAUAAAUAUGUCAUGCAAGAAGAGUUCUCCCGUGACGGAAAGGCUCUGGAGAGAUUCCUGCAAGAUUACUUUGAUGGAAACUUGAAAAAAUACCUGAAAUCAGAGCCUGUCCCUGAAAGCAAUGAUGGCCCUGUAAAGGUGGUGGUGGCUGAGAACUUUGAUGAAAUUGUUAAUGCACAAGACAAAGAUGUCCUGAUAGAGUUCUACGCACCGUGGUGCGGCCACUGCAAGAAUCUGGAGCCCAAAUACAAAGAACUGGGGGAGAAGCUCAGCAAAGAUCCCAAUAUCGUCAUUGCCAAAAUGGAUGCUACAGCCAAUGAUGUGCCUUCUCCCUAUGAAGUCCGAGGUUUCCCCACCAUCUAUUUUGCUCCAGCUGGCAAGAAGCAGAGUCCAAAGAAGUAUGAGGGGGGCAGAGAAGUGAGUGACUUCAUCAGCUACCUGAAGCGGGAGGCAACCAACACUCCCGUGCUGCAGGAGGAAGAGAAAUCCAAGAAAUCCAAGAAGAAGGUGAAGGAGGAUUUGUAAAGUACCUACUUGCCACCUUGUCAGGAUGAGCUCUGUGUGAAUUGGGGAAGCACUGGUCAGAUUGGGGCCAGUUCUGGGCUGUGGAGAGCCAGUGGCCAUGUGGGCUGAGGGGCCCCAGCUGCUGUAUCUAGUAAUGUUUAAUUUCCUGCCGUCUCUUUUAGCUGCACUGUUGUGGGGCUCCCCAGGUUUGUUUCGUGGUUUGGGAGGGGGUGGGGGUACAGUUAUUUUCUAAUUUUUUUUGUACAUUUGGAGAAGUGAAACAAUAAAAUGACCCCCUUAA